AUGGCGUCACACAAUCUCAGUGUAAAUAUAAUUUCUGACGAAGAAUUAGCACAGAAAAGACACGAUUUGCUUCACAAAAACACCAUAAAAAGUGAGAACAAUGCAAAAAGAAAGUUUGAGGCGUGUUUGAAGGCUUGCCACAUAGAAAACUAUGAAGAAUGGAUUACUUUCAGUGACGAGAAGCUGGACGACUUGUUGGUGAAGUUUUGGUACUGUGCACUAGACAAAAACCUUGUUCCAAAGGUCUGAGGGGUAUAUACCCCUCAGACCUUUGGAAUAAGUGUUAAUAUCCUGCUAGUAGAGAACCAAUCAGAUUGCUGAAUACCUCAUAUCCAAUCCUUGUGCAUAUAAUAAAUAUAUAUAGCCAAUCCAUAUGAUUGCAGACCUCAUGCCUGUUAUUUCAGAAUUUUAGAAGAUGAGAUUUCAAUGAUAAUGAUAUAAUUUUAAUGAUAAUGAUAUAAUUUUAAUGAUAAUUUUAAUUUUAAUUAAUUUUAGAUUACUUACAAACAGUUUUUUGGCCAUACAUUUCAUGCGUUUGUAUAUACAGCGAUCCAUCUGAUAGUAAUUACAUAUUGGGCUUUGUAGUUACAAAUUGAUAAAAGUCUAACUUUUAGUCUUUAAAGAUUUACUUUUUAUUUAUUGCAACUAUAUAACUGUAACUAUACAAAAAUCACACUAUAUAUACUCUGGUAAUAACUCGGGUCUUUGGGCGUCCCUAGUCCUGUAUAUUGAAGGUCUUACGGAAUAUAUGCCAUCCAUGUCGACGUAAUGGAUUUAGUGGUGCAAUUGAAAUUUCGUCGUAUGGAUUUCACAUUUUUUUCCAGUGAGGAUUAGAGUAAGGUUUAGGAUUAGGGUCAAGUUUAAAACACAAAGAAUACAAAAUUACAAAAGUCUACAAAAGUCUAAAGAUAGUAACUCCCCUAAAACGUGACAGGUAUAUUCUUCAACACCAUUUCUCUUUUCCAGGAAACGACAAAGUACAAGUUGCUAGCCGAAGAUAAAAAUAUCAGACUAGUAAGUUUAGAUGUAUAUAUAGUUGCAAUUAUAACUUCUUACAAACUGUGAACGACAUCUGAUACUUGUUUCUCCUGAACGUAUAUAAUAUAAAAUUAUUUCUGAUUUAAAAAUAUGUUUCUCUUAGACGUAUGAUAUGAAACCAAAUCCACAAGUGACUGGACAAAUUGUUGCAUUGGUAGUUUUCAGGUAGGUAUAUUAACUACAUUGUAGAUUACUGAUGAUCAUAUGCUGUAUAAGCAUUUCAAAUGAAUAUCGACUGGUAUAAAAUCAAGGAAAGAUCAAGGCACUGGAUCGAACGCACACGCCUUUUACAUUGUAAAAACACCAUGGUUGAAAUGUCCUGGUUAACCUAGAAAUAGCCCUAUUUUGGCUUAAUAUUCCUGGUUGAAUUUCCUGGUUAUUUUUAUGAUUAUCUCACGUCCUACCAUAGUCUGGUUAAUGUAACCAGGAAUCUGGUUAUAUUUGACCAGGCCAUCGUAGUUAAAUUAGGGGCCCUAUAUUGGACGUUUGCUAUCGACGCCAUCUUGGUUGACUUUCGUGGCAACUAAAAAUCUAUAUUCUUCAUUCUUUGUCGUAUUGUGCCAGAAAUCGUAAACUAUCCAUAAUACAGUAAGAUGUUUUCAAAACAAAACAAAAAUAUUAAAGUAACUCAACUAUUUCGAUGUAAACGGCUGGACAAAACUUUAAAAUCAACCAAGAUGGCGCCUAAUGACACGCAGUGACGUCAUGUGCAAGCAAAGAAUAGUCUGGUUAUUUUAACAAGGACGUCCUGGUCAAAUAUAACCAGAUUCCUGGUUACACUGGUAGGACGUGAGAUAAAAUAACCAUGAAGUUUAAACAGAAAUAUUUAGUUAACCCAAGUAGGGUUAUUUCUGGUUUAACCAGGAAACUUUUAACCAGGGGCCGGUUGUUCAAAGCUGGGUUAGCUUAACCCUAGGUUAACCUAAAAUUCAAAGCAAACUUCCCAACAACUUGUUUAUAAAUUUGGAAAUAUUUCUUUGGAGAUCUUGUCUGAAUCAGUGGGAGUUUUCUUCUCUGAAGUUUUGAAAUAAACAGACGUGCAAAAAUACAUAAACAGGGUUCGUAGCGGUCUUUGAAAUCCUUGAAAGUCUUUAAAUUUGAAUGCAGGUCUUUAAGGUCUUUGAGAAGUCUUUGAAUUGUGUGAAAAUGCGAAGAAAGUCUUUAAAAGUCUUUAAAUUCUUUAGUGAUUAUUUGAUUAUACGAUUUCCUAACUAAUAAAAUAGAUUGAUUGAAGCAAGAUUUUCGCAAAUAUCGACGAAAAAGUGCAUUUUAGGAUGUGAUUUGACGGGACUAAUUACCUGGUAAAAAUGGUGCUUAUAGAUCGCAAUGUUUCGACACCUGAUUGCUCUCAAAGGUCUUUGAAAAGUCUUUGACAGUAGGCAGAAAAAAUCUUUGAAAGUCUUUGAAUUUUUUUGGUCUUGGAGACUACGAACCCUGAUAAACUAAAGCAGCAGAUUAAAUUUUAACCGAGGGUUAGCGCUAAUCCAGCUUUGAACAACCGGCCCCAGCUGGGUUAGCUUAAACCCAGGUUAAGCUAAAAUUCAGAGCAAACUUCCUGACAGCUUAUCUAUGAAUUUGGAAAUAUUUCUUCGGAGAUCUUGUCUGGAUCGAUGAAACUUCUCUGAAGUUUUGAAAUAAACAGACGCGCAGAAAUACACAAACCAAAACAGCGGGUUAAAUUUUAACCGAGGGUUAGUGCUAACCCACCUUUGAACAACCGACCCCACGCACCUUUUGCCACUCCCAGUUUUCAUGGGCAAGAAACUACCUUAAUGGACAUAGUCCCUAAUGAACAAAAUUUUGAUCUAGACAAGUCUAGACACACAUUUCACCACAGCUUGAAAGAGCAUCACAAAAUUAGUAAUAUUCCGACGUUUCGUUGCCAAAUGUUGUAAAAUGCGGAUAAUAUAGCCCUGCGAAGUUUGCCGUUUUUCAGUCAUUUUGUAUUACAAACGGGAAAUUGAUACCUUUUUUCAGAAAGCGGUAUCAAUUUCCCGUGCGUAAUACAAAAUGACUGGAAAACGGCAAACUUCGCAAUGUCAAACUUCUCACUCAAAACCUUUUUGAUUGUAUGAAAUCAACGAGCAUAUAAUGUUUUCAAAGUAUAAAGCAUAUUUUUGAAGGGAUUUGUAGAUGGAAAUUUUCCACUCGAAAUUUCCAUCUACAAAAAUUCCUUUCAAAAAAUGAGUUACAUCAAGAGAGAUAGCCAAAAAUGCUGAUAUUAAGCAUUGAUAUUAGACAACAUAAAAACAACUAUAUUUCACAUUGGAAACAACAAAUAACCAAUUCCACAAAACUAUCAUUUUACUGUAAAUUUAAAAAAAUAUAUGAAUUGGAACAAUAUUUAACUACCAUAAAAAAUCCAUCCCAAAGACGGUGUUCCGACAAAAUUCAGAAUUAGUAAUCACAAAUUAUUAAUCGAAUACGGUCGUUACCAAAAAAUACCUCGUAAUGAAAGACAUUGUAAAACCUGCGGCACUGGUGCGGUUGAAGACGAAUUUCACUUUGCAUUCGAGUGCCCAAGUUACAGUAGCAUUAGGAACAAUGCAAACAAUAUAUUAAAAAAUAUUUUUCAGAUGAACAUUACAACGGAUUCAAAACAAAACUUAUUGACGCAUGUGAUGUCAUGCGAUGACUUAUUUAUAAUUGAGCUAUUUUCUAGCUUUAUUUCAAAAUGUUUAUGCCUUAGAGACGGAUGCCUUAAACCUGGGGAUACUCCUUAAUUACUAUAGUAUAUAUAUUCUUUUGUCUAUACUAUAUAUUAUAUACUUUUCAGGAACUUUAAUAUGAACUACACAGUAGUCAUAACAUUUGUUCUUGUUAUAAUAAGAUAGACAGUGCUCUUAAUGGCACUUCUACUUAAUACUUUAGCAAUGUUUGUACGGCUAGGUCAUGCCAAUAAAGUUGUUAAUAAUAAUAAUAAUAAUAAUAAUAAUAUAAGCAUAUUACAUAUACCAGUGAUGAUGGUAUCGAUGUAAACUACAGAGACAUUGUUAAAAUUUGUUUUCUUUUUUCUAGUAACUUGACGCAAUUGCACAUGAAAAAUCUAGAGAUGAAUGUUAUGGACACUUUAAACACCAAAAUGGUUAGACCGGUACGUGAAUUCGAACUUUGAUGUAAUUGUAUGGAUAAUAAUGAUUAAUGAAUAUACUAUGAGUAUACUUUUGAGAAAGUUUACCUGCCCGUGAAUUUUAAGACGUUCUUACCCAUAUGGGUUGCAUUUUCGUCCCGACAGCAAUUUUCACUCGGCAAUAAUUACUUUCUAAUAGACUGUGCCAUUGAUUCAAAAGCACUUUUACUACAGACAAUCGUAGCUUUGACACUGCAGUACUAUACCGACUAAUUUCUAAUCAGUAGUACAUUUUUUUAUGGAAAUUCUGAUAUUCUUCUCACCAUUUUAGCUUGACCAUUCAUCGCAUGAUGCUGUGAAAGUUCCGUUUCAACUUCCUGCAGGUAAAGUGAAUUCCUUACUUAUUUGGUGCUGGGCUUGAAAAACAAAGUACUUCUGCACGUCUUCGCUGCCCUUGUUACUAUUUUCAAGUAUAGCAUUCUCUGCCCUAAAAAUUACAAGAAUUAGUCUUUCUAAAUAAUGUUAAUUUAAAUGGAGCACUGCAUCACAGAAUAAAGACAUACAGAAGUGUAACUUCCAUUACAAAACCGUAAGGCGCUUUUUUACCGAAAUAGGUGGCGGCCAUGUUCUUAGCAAGUGCUCUAAAGAGAGGCAUUCACCCCCCCCCCCCCAGAAUAUUAAAUUUUCAAUAUGUUUUCAGGGGGGUGACUGCCUCUCUUUAGGGCACUUGCUAAGAACAUGGCGGAAUGAAAAAAUCCCUGACGCGAAAUUAACCUGAAGUGAGAUCUCUGUAUGUACUUCCUCCGUGACUGCAUGUCUGCCAUAUUGUGUCCAUGCUGGUUAAGGCCAUGUUACACGGUGCAAUUUUUCUUGCAACUUGCAAUGCAAUUCUACUCUUGAGAGAUGUAAAAUUACCAAAUACGAGUCUUCAUUACACUCCGCUGAUGUUUUCUCAAUAUAUCGAAAAUUCUUCACAGAUUUCACUAAUUAACAUCUCUCAAGAGUAGAAUUGCAUUGCAUUGCAAGUUGCAAGAAAAAUUGCACCGUGUAACAUGCCUUAAAACACUAAGGAAAAAGUUUAUCUUAAAAGAAAAAAAUCCUUUCUUAUCUGAAAUCGUUUUGAGUUUGUUUUAAUGAGCUCUUUCAACUGCAGCGAAGAAAUAUGAGUGUCACGUAUUUAUUUCUGCAGAUGCUGCAAACGAAGGCCAGUUCGCGUUUACGUCUGAAAAAGUUGGAGUUCCACAGAAACUAAGAGCAACUCUUACCUAUAUGAUACAGGUACGUCUAAUUCUUUGUUUUACCUUAUAAGUGUAACUUUUUCUCUUGGACUGUAGGUUUUGUAUUAUUCGUAAAGCUGUGCUGCUUCGUUCCUCGAAUAGUCCCUUAUCAAAUCGUUCACUUCUCGCCAACAAGUAAAUUAGUAUUGGUAAUCAUGCGAUGGCGAGUACAAUUAGGGAUUAAUAGUACGAGUGAUGUUUGGAAAUUUUGCCAAAAUUGGACGAGCCGCCGGGGCUAGUCCAAUUUGGCAAAUUUCCAAACAUCGCGAGUACCAUUAAUCCCUAAUUGUACGAGCAACAUCGCAUGAUUACUUGUUUAUUAUUAACAUGACAAAAUUGGAUACGUACUUCUCAAUGUCAGCAUCAUAUUCUCUCGCCAAAGCCCAGUCCCGCCAGGCUUUCAACCAAAAUUUGGUGCUUUUGUUUGUAUUUGCAUUUAGUUCUUUUGUUAAAGCAAAAUUUGGUGAUUUUGUUCGUAUUUUCAUCUAGUUCCUCCACGGCAAUUUCAUUUCACGCUUGAGUUUAAAAUACCUUUCCGCCAUUUUGUUUGUUUUGGGAAAAUCAUUAAUUGUACUGCAGUACAAUUAAUGAAAUAAUUGUACUCCUCUCAACCAAUCAGCAUCCAGUAAUUUUGUCAUGCUAAUAAUAAAGUAUAGGUAAUCAUGCGAUGGCGAGUACAAUUAGGGAUUAAUAGUACGAGUGGUGUUUGGAAAUUUUGCGAAAAUUGGACGAACCGCCGGGGCGAGUCCAAUUUGGCAAAUUUCCAAACAUCACGAGUACUAUUAAUCCCUAAUUGUACGAGCAACAUCGCAUGAUUACUUGUUUAUUAUUAGCAUGACAAAAUUGGAUACUUCUCAAAGUCAACAUCAUAUUCUGUCGCCAAAGCCCAGUCCUGCCAGACUUUCAACCAAAACUUUGUGCUUUUGUUCGUAUUUUCAUUUAGUUCUUUUGUUAAAGCAAAAUUUUGUGCUUUUGUUCGUAUUUUCAUCUAGUUCCUCUAGGGCAAUUUCAGUCCACGUUUGUGUUUAAAAUACCUUUCCGCCAUUUUGUUUGUUUUGGGAAAAUCAUUAAUUGUACUGCAGUACAAUUAAUGAAAUAAUUGUGCUCCUCUCAACCAAUCAGCAUCCAGUAAUUUUGUCAUGUUAAUAAUAAGGGCCUUAAUUUAGACAAAGGCUUGACCAUAGUCUGUCAAGAUAUGAUGGUCUGGAAGACCAGCAAGCGAACAGGUAGGCAAUUUGACUUCUAAUAAAAACCAUUGUUUUUGAUAUGCAUAUAUUUUAAUUUUAUUUUUUGUUAAAAUGUGUAUCUGGAAUACUGAAAUCUUUCAGAUCAACUAACAAUACCUUUAUAACUUAUAUAGCCAUGUGUUCUAUCUAUUUUUGUUCAGAUUAAACAAAUAAUGGGUAAAAUAUUAGAUAAGAUUUUUUCAAAAAAUAUGAGCUUGCCUGUUUUCAAAGCAUAAAAAGCAAUAAAAUAAAGCAAAAGUACUUAUUUUUAAUUUAAAACCUUUGGAAUGCACAGCUUAAUGUUUUCCACUAAGUAUUACAAAGUUUUCGUUCAUUAAAAUGUUGUUUUAUCAGCUUUAAAACCAGAUAAAUCCACAAAACACUCCUAAUAUAUGUCGCCAUAUUGAUUUUCUGCGCGCAUGCUCAGACAAAUUGCCUACCUGUUCAGCAAGCGUCAAAGCCACAAAAUAGAAGAGCUUUGUUUGAUGUUGAGCUGUACCUCACCGUCCACAAAUCCUUUAUCUCAACUCAUGAAAUAUUAUGCUUGCGAUGUUACUCUGAGUGUGUAUCCACACCGGGCAGGCUUGAAAAAUAUACCUGGCCACGGUGGCUACUAUUCCAAAGUUCGUAGGUUCGAUUCCCACCGUGGCCAGGUAUAUUUUUCAAGCCUGCCCGGUGUGGAUAUACACUCAGAGUAACGUCACAAGCAUCUUAUUCACCUGAGUACAUUACACCAACACAGCAAAUAUCAUGAAAUAUUAUUCAUGUUGUUGCACAUUUCAUGUCGGCUAUCUCUAUAUUGGACGAUUACUUCAUUAUACGAAAAUACAAUGAGCUCAAACGCCACAAAUUAAGAUCAGCUGAAACAAAAACAUUACACAAUGACUUCUGUUCAGUUUCCAGACCAUCAUAUCUUGAUAGACUAUGGCUUAACUUCGCUCCGAACGACAUAAUUUUUUGAAGUUUUUCAGAUACUUGAAUCAGAUACAUAUAUGCACAAGUUUGCAAAAAGUUCAAAUAUAUCCAGUAUUCGACUCGUAAAUAUGUUGCAGUUGCAAAUUUUGCAAUCAGAAAUUCCACUUGAAUCAAACCAUUUUAAUCUGGAGUACCUGGAGAAAACCUUGUAUUCGACUCACGUUUGUCACAUGCGACUAAAGCGAGAUUAUAUAACCAGAAAAAAAGCAUAUUGCAAGAAUGUAGAUGAAAGCACGUAUACCCUAAACACGGCAUGAGCGAAUUUGAUAGCCCCAGUUUCAUAUAAUUGCAUGUAUGGACUUCCCAAUACUAACGACUUCAUCCCUUCAUAUUUCAGAAUGAAAACGGUGCGACGAGUGAAAAACUCGAUUUCAAAUUCGCUGUUCCUUGUUCCUCAUAUAUAAUACCAACUGCUUGUUCAAGGUGAGUUUUUAGCUAUAAUUGAAAUCAUCUUGCUUUUAUCCAGGCAGUUCACCAGAAAGUUUGGUUCUAGGUUGUUCUUUGAAAUAUUUAGUUGAUUGAUUAACACAGGAUCUGCCAAAUAAUGCAGUACCCGUGUUCCACCUUUUUCACCGCUAAUUAUAGUAGGCAUCGAAAAUUUAAUUUAAAACGUGAUGGUACUAGUUAAGAUUAUUGAAAUUGGUGUACACGCGUAAAAACUCGUAUCUUGAAGCGAGUCAGCCAACAAGCUGUCAACAAGUUGUGUUCGCACUACUUGUCCGAAGUUUGGAACAAGCUGUUAAGAACUUGUAACGAUUUGCAAGGCGAUUUGGACCGUGUACGGAUAAUUCUGUAAUUUUACAAAGUUGCAAAAAUGCAAACACCUUUUAAAGCCAUUUAAAUAUGAAAAAAACCUAAUGAAAAUGCCAUCUGAAAGAAAGCGAAAAGCUGCCAGCAUCGUGUUAUUUUCUCUAUAUUGAUGAAGACGAAACGUCUUGGAAAUGUGGAAAAACUAGAGAAUGGAUUAAGCGAAUGCAUUAUUCAAUGUUGUGAUAAGUCUUGUGAGAAGACGUCCCAAACAUCCAAAGACAGGUUUUUUUUCAUACUCCCCAAUUAAUCCGCUGGUGAAUGUAUUCAUCGAUCUGUUGAUAGCGGUUAAUUUAUCCGUUACAUUUUACGUCUUGGAUUAUUUUUUUAAACAGCGAUAACUUUGCUGCACUACUUAGCAGUGGCGAACUAACAGAAAAAGUUUCCACAGAGGUAAGUACCAUGUUAUAGGUAUACUAAAUUCAGAGCGCGAUCAUUCAAGAUUUUCAGCCGUACGUCACUGGUACUCCAAUGAUUAUUGCCGCGUACUUUAAGCUGCAUGGUACAAAGUUAAGACUUAAAGUGUGUAUACUUAGUCUUUAAAGUGCCUAUAUCAUGGUUUGGAGUUUGCAUAUCUCGAAAGUUUAGGGUAUUUUAAGACACUUUGCAAUAUAUUUUGUUAUUGAAAAAUUUCAUCUUGAUGGAUUUAAUAGCACUUAAAGUCACCGGACAUGACGUCAAAAGGAGAAUUGCAAAUCAGUUUUCCUUUGUAUCAUUGCAACAAAAUUCUCCUUUUGACGUCAUGUCCGGUAACUUUAAGAGCUAAUAAAUCCAUCAAGAUGAAAUUUUUCAAUAACAAAAUAUGUUGCAAAGUGUCUUAAAAUACCCUAAACUUUCGAGAUAUGCAAACUCCAAAACCAUGAUAUUGGCACUUUAAGGUAAAGUACAUAAAGCAUAGUUUUCUGAAUGGCAUUCAUUCAGUCUGUAACUAUGAGAUAGAACAAGAAGCAUAUAACAGGAUAUACAAACACAUGCAAUUGCCUACAGCUAGCAUUCCGUAGUCCAAUCUCAUCCCAACACUCCAAUCAUGUUUCCUGCAUUGUCAUGUCGGAUAUGUCGGAUUUACACAGAUAGAUAUACUUUAUUAUACUGGAAAGGUCAUAAGUAAGCAGAUAGCGUAGGUCCUGCGUACUUGGUUAAAAACAAAGAAGCAUGCAGUUUGUAAUAUUAUUUCACCCUGCUAAAUCUUUUUCCCAUUUUCAUGACAAAUCGCUUCUGAAAUACAUUCGAAACAUCAACGGAAAAGGCCGCCCAUAAUGGCCGUUGUAAGGCAUGUUUGAGAGAAGUGAAAUAUUCAGCAGCCUGAAACUACCAUAGUUAGAACAAGAAGGAGCACAAUUGCAUAUAGUUACAAACACUUGCAAAUGAGAUUAUGAAUCCAACAUUCCCUAAUCCAAAUUCCAUCAGUUCAAUCUUUCGUGCCAUACAUAUGCAUACUUAACUACGGUUUUGAAUGCACAUGAUACUCGGCUCGGAAAACAAAGGAGUAUCAGACUGUAAUACUGGCGUACCUCUGGUCUGCAUGGUAGGUCUCUCCCUGCCAAUAUACAUUUGCGUUCUUACUGAACUGAAUAGAUACUCCCUAAUUUUGUUUGUUCAUGUAACAGGUAUCAGUUGCUGCAGAAGUUGAUUUUAGUGCGAUAAUAUCGAAGAUAUGUCACAACCUUCAUUUAUCAGGUAUUUUUUUAAUUAAAGCUUGAUUACUUG